GCAUUUCAAUUCCGUUAUCAGUUAGGGGACCAGGAGCUUCGUUUGAAACGCGAAGACACGAAGUAACGUGAGCGAGUCGCCUCAACCAUGGACCGAGGUUGGGCUGAGUGCUGAGCGUGUUGCUGACUGCCGCGUUCUCAGCCGCCAGCAGCGCAUGCAGCAAAUCACGGCGCGCGCUAACAUGCAAUCGGACGGGUUCAGUGCCGGAAGGGCUGGGGACGCCAGUCGAAGGUAAACAACGCAGCGCUUGACGUGCCCCCGUCCCCAGCUCUCGAUCCGCAGCCGCCGACCUCACCCCAAGACCCCCUCUCUCUCUCCGCCCGGCGCCCGUCGCAUACCAGCCAGACGCAAUGUCGGUCAAGUUCGAGCAGGAAACCACCAAGACGACGGCCGCCGUCGCCGACGCCGUGAGCGGCAAGGGUAAAGACGACCUACUGCACAAUGUCGGCGAGGCCCUGACCAAGGGCGCCGGCCCCAAUGGAUACCUCGCAGCCUACCUCAAGCAGCUGCAGAGCAACCCGCUGCGCACCAAGAUGCUCACCUCGGGCACGCUCUCCGGCCUGCAGGAGUUCCUCGCGUCGUGGAUCGCCCACGACCGGAGCAAGAGCGGCCACUACUUCACAUCGCGCGUGCCCAAGAUGGCCAUCUACGGCGCCCUGGUCAGCGCGCCGCUCGGCCACGUGCUCAUCAGCAUGCUCCAGAAGCUCUUCCAGGGCCGCACCAGCGUGAAGGCCAAGAUCCUGCAGAUUCUCGUCAGCAACUUGAUUAUCUCGCCCAUUCAGAACGGUGUCUACCUGGCGUCCAUGGCGCUCAUUGCCGGCGCCCGCACAUUCCACCAGGUGCGCGCCACCGUCAGGGCCGGUUUUAUGCCCGUCAUGAAGGUCAGCUGGGUCGUGUCCCCCAUCUCGCUGGCGUUCGCCCAGCAGUUCCUGCCCGAGACCACCUGGGUGCCCUUCUUCAACAUCGUCGGCUUCAUCAUCGGCACAUACAUCAACGCACACACCAAGAAGAAGAGGCUCGCAGCCCUGAGGCGAAAGCACUACGGCGACGGCAGCGGCAGGAGCCAAGUAGGCGACAGGCCCAGCGACGACUUUGGCCGUGACCCCCGCGACCCCCGUGACCCCCGCGACCCGCCGAGAUAUUAGACGGCGCAUCGCAACGGCCAGCGUAUAGGCGGCCGGCGUACAGUCGGGCUCUCUCGGUUCUUCGGAAUAGUAGGGAAGGCUUGUAGUGGCGCGCUCUAGGCUACGACUCUGUAUAUCCCUUGUGUUUCUUGUUUGAUGAUUGGAGGAGGCCGCAGGCGCGGUCGACAAAUAUAUUGAUAUCCCACCCUGUUCCAUCACUUUGAGAAUCUUCCAGUCGGUGUACAUGACGUCCACAACUCAGGGCAUAUCUGACUAGAUAAACAACCAAUGUGCAGGGCCAUCGGAC